AUGACACAUGCAGAUGUUUGGAGCAUGGGCAUACUCUUAUAUGUACUUAUGUGUGGCUUUCUACCAUUUGAUGACGAUAAUAUCAUGGCCUUGUACAAGAAGAUUAUGUGUGUCGGCUACAUUUGGUUUGUGUUUGCUCCUUUCCUAAUAGCUAGAAACCAAUGCCUGAAGGAAACUCCGAUUAAAAUGCCAGUAAAUUCAGUGGGAGCAGAGAUGUCAAUGACAGGUGUCAUUAACCCUGAGUGGCGGUGUCGCUCAGUGGAACUGGAUCUCAACCAAGCACAUAUAGAGGAAAUUCUCAAAAGAAAAGGAACGAAAGUGUUUCGGAGCCUUGAGAGGGGUUUGGAUAAGGUUAUCACUGUGCUCACCAGGAGCAAAAGGAGGGGCUCUGCCAAAGAUUGGCCAAGAAGACUGAAGCUGCACUAUAAUGUGACUACAACCAGAUUAGCGAACCCAGAUCAACUCUUGAAUGAAAUAAUGACUUUUUCUCCUACUAACUGGCUUCUUGUUUUUUACAGCUACACACUGAAGUGUCAAACACAGUCAGAUUUUGGCAAAGUGACAAUGCAGUUUGAACUAGAACUGUGCCAACUUCAAAAACCCGAUGUGGUGAGUAUCAGGAGGCAGCGGCUUAAGGGUGAUGCCUGGGUUUACAAGAGACUAGUGGAAGACAUCUUAUCUAGCUGCAAAGUAUGA